UGUUUUAGUCAUGGCCGACGACUGCAGAAGACAGGCGUUCGAACUGGAGAGAAGGAUUUUUGAGUUGGACAAUAAGUGCGCCAGCCUCAGAACCGAGAAACAAGAUGAUGACUAUUUACAGAAUGCUUCUUCGAUACUAGACAAGUUGAAAAGCUUUUACAGACAAGGGGGGGAGAGUAACAGUCUGCCUAAACUGCUUCAGGAUUACACUCAGGUGAUCCUGGACAUCACAUUCUAUGAGGAAAACAAGCUGGUGGACCAGGAGUUCCCAGAGGACUGCUCACCCUUUAAGAUCCAACAGCUGCUGCAGGACCUCACAGAGCCAGAGGUGUUGGCCGGUAGACUGGUCCCGGCCCAAGAGGUGCAGUCAGUGCUGGGGCUAGAGGUGUUAGAGUGCCUCUACUGGAGACGUGGAGCACUGCUUUACAUGUACUGCCACACACUCCACCAACGUAAGCAGUGGAUCAAGAAGAACAAAGCCACUUUCCUCAAGUGUCUUCAGGAGGGUGUACGUUACCUAAUGAGGAUGCUGCAGGUGAGGAACUCCGUGAAGCUCAACGAUGGGGUGGUGUUUCACGACUCUGCUACUGCCAACUUCCUGGCUGAAGGCAUCUUCUCAGACACCCACCUGCUGACGAUGAUGUACAUAGGGGAGAUGUGUUUCUGGGCAGUGAAGUACGAGGACUGCAGCGUGGAUUCCACAGAACGCAAAGAGGACCGGCUUCACUUCCGGGACAUUGGGACGCAGAUCCUGCACAAAUAUGUGCUUGUCUGUGACGGCCCUCUUCAGGGCCAGGGCUGGAACACAGAGAAUGCCAAGGAAAUCUUAAGUAUCUUACAGUGAACCAGGGAGGGCUAUGGGUACAAGUUUCCUUUAGGCACUGAUCUAGGAUCAGAUUAUCAAACCCCACAUUGUAAUGCUAAGCAUUACGGGAGGAGGAAUCUGAUGGAUCAGUUUCUAGGGUGAACUUCUUUCUGUUCUGAAAGGCUCUGGCUGACUGAUGGGGUGAAGUUUGGGGCAAGGGUAGGUGAAGAAUGAAGGGCUAGGAUAGGGAGGGAUGUUAAUGAAAUGUGAGUCUCCCCAUCUCCUGCAAGAAGCACUUAUCUUCCAGAUUUCAGACUGUUGGUUGGGCAUGUGUUUUGAUCUGAGAAUGUGGUAGAAUAAUAAUUAUAUUAAAAUAAGAUUAUUAAUAACUAAAUAAAUUGUAAAAAAAAAAAUAUUGUUUGAAGAUUAAUCAUAAUCUAGUUUGUAAUGAAACAUUGCACAGCAACUGUUUUUUAUUUAUUGUUUUAAUUAUUUUUGUUAUGUUUUAAAUUAAUUGCAUUUAUAUAUAAAUAUAUAUUGGGGGGGGGUACACAGAGUUGGUGACCUGAAUUAUUCAUGACCAUUUUUGAGUAUGUACAGGUUUUUUUUUUUUUUUGAAACAUCUGCUUUGUAAUAUGCAACUUUUUUUUUCUU